AUGGAAAAAGUGUUUGUGAAAUCUCAAUUGGGGACAAGCUAUAUUGCUGUGUUCACCCGACAACCCGAAGAAUACCUCCUUUUCAACCUUGCAACAUUUCAAAGGAUUUAUUGUUGCAGUGUUGGUUUUCAUGAAACAAUUAUCUUUUCUCAGCGAUUUGAUCGGUAUGAUAAGGUAAUGAAAAACAACUCCAUUCGUGACCUGAAAGAAUCGGAAAAAGUUGAUGUCACGGUCAGCAUCGAUGUUCGGGCGUCUUUAUUAGCCACUGCAAUCAAUUCGCAACAUUUGGAGAGCAUAGCAAAUAUCUUAAAGAUUGCUGAAGAGGGCGUUGAGGUUGAAAUUUGCCAUAUUCUACGUGUACUCGACAGUUUCCUGAUUACAAAGCUUGUUGACGGUGAAAACGUAUCAACCAAGAACAGCUCUCAUUGCUCUUCCGUUGAAAAAAAAGGUUCUUUGUCAUCUUCGUUUGGCCUUCAAGUACUAGGACUCAGCCUAGGAUUCGCCGGACGGGCUCAUAAGAAAUUCCCUGACUGUGCAACCAUUUUCAAUCUAAUUUUUGCGUGGCAAGAACUGUUGCCCGUAAACCCUCAGGAACCCGCCAGUUUCAAAGAAAAUGCGGUAUUUCAAGAAUUAACUACGAAAUGGCAUGGAUGGGAUGAAUACAGCAUAGUUAAAGACGCGCUUAUCCACAAUCAUCUUGCAUUAGCUCAGUAUGAGCUAUCUAUCCGAGGUGAUUGCAAUUUCAGAGACUUGAAUUUGAUACGGAAAGCCAUCAUAAGCGAAAUUCAGCAGGGUGUUGUGGCGUAUGAUUUUCGAAUGAUUAACGAGGCGGAAACAAUAAUAAGAAAUUUGGGCUGUGAAGUUCCUGGAACAUGGGAGAAAAUCUGCCUUCAAGCCGCAGAUCCAAAAUCGAGAGAAAAACUGGUGGAAAUCAUGCAACAACGCCACCUAUGGACCGCCGAGUUGAUGAAUUGUUUGGAUUUCAUUACUUUCGCGGAGUGCUAUGUCAGAGACUCCCUGGGUAAUGUGCCCGUCUUAACUAUGGAAAUGGUUUUGGGGUGGAACUCAAAACAAAGAAGUCUUUAUUUAGCAGAGGCCUUCCUACAAUCGAAAAAUGAGCAAAUACUAGCGAGAAUCCAGCCGGAAGAUGUUUGGCAAGUCAUGUUGAAUAAACAAAUUCUCUCAACCCUGAAGAAAUGGAUUGAAAAUCAGGCGCCGUCUAAUCAUGCUGUUGAUGAAAAUAUUCCAUAUAUCUGGCCAAUAAGUAACGCAAUGGUUGAUAUGGCUGCUGAAUGCAAAAACAACGACACGCGGGAUUCCGUAUUGAAUUUACUAGCCAAUCAAGGUGUCUUCGCUGAAUGCGAACGUCAGAGUCUCGUAGCGUUCAUUACUCGUCUUUUAUCCAUUGGGCAGUUUCAUCAAGUGGAGAAUAUUGUUCGCAAGCCUCUCGCAAACGUUACGUUACAGUCCAUAACGACUGCGGCCCUCGAUUAUUGUGCUCACGAGUUCAACCCGGAAUUGUUUUACGACCUUAUUUCUGAUGGCAACAUUGAUUUGAAUGAGCGUCCAACUUGGAUGAAGCUUGUUCAAAGAUUUCAGUCAUGGAAAUUGGACCCUAGUGAUUCCGACGGCUUUGUCGAACUGUGCCGUUUAAAUAAUACUCUUCUAAAGGAGACGAAUCAUCUUACUGAAGAAGAAUUUUGGAUGAAACAUCCCUUUGUGGCCUUAUUCUUUCAUUUAAUGAAUCCAAUCCUAAUUCCAGAUGGCACGAUGUCAAAAGCACUAAAGAGUCUGCCUGUGUUUGCGCAUGUUUGGGAUAAUACCGCCGAAGAUCCGUCAAUCCAUCAGUUGCUGGUCGGAGAAGUUCCUAUCAACGUGGCAAAUUUUUUCAAAUAUUCUCAAAAAGAAUAUGCCUUGUUAGGAAACCCUCAUUCUCCUCGGGCAGAAAGUGCUCGUGAAACCAAUCAAGGUUUAACGUCAUGUCUUGAUUGGACGUUUUACUUGAAACAGAGUCGCCCGUUCCGAGCCUUCUUCCACCUACAACAGACCACCAAAACAAAAGAAGAAAUCGCAACCUACCCGUUUGCAAUCCAGGCUAUAGGCCUAGAAGAUCCGUGGAAUAAUGCUAUUUCGAGAUCGUGCGUUUUGCUGAUUGAAAUGUUGGGUUUCAAUGCACAUCCCGUCAGAACUACCCUGGCCGUACUGCAACGUCUGACACAAGAUCCUGCGUUAGAUCGGAAAAAUCUUGUCAAUCUCACCCGUGAUCUCUUAGUCGACUCUCUUGCACCGCGUAGCCUGAGUGAGCUACUUGAAGAUUGCUUGUUGAAGAAUAAUUCUAAUGAUUCUGAUGCGGUUAAGCUCGUCACGAGCUGGCAUCUAGCGAUCGAGUUCUGCACCGUCUACGGCCUCGGAUUGCCGAUUAAAUUUUUAACUCAGUGCGCUAGCCGGAAUCAUUGGCAAAUUUUUCUCCUUUUCAUCCAGAUUUACAACUAUCCAUUUGAAAGAUAUAGAGAAAUACUUCGAGAGUUUUCAUCUCCGAUCAAGUUUCAUCUCCAAUUGGCCAUGCAAACCUGCAUUCUCAACAGAAACCAGCCAAACGUCUAG